GAACCAGCCAAGCUCUGGGACUAAUAACUGUGAAACUUUCACAAAUGACGACACCUCGCUGAUCUCAGGUCCAUCAUCUGAAUAAUGAGUUAUUUUUACAUGACAUUAUAUGUUAUAUUAGUUAUAAUUAUUUGGUAUAUAGUUAUAAAAUAUAUAUAUGUUAUAAUAUAUAAUCAUAGACAUUGUAUUAGUUAUAAAUAAAAGGUUAACUCCAGCUCUAAGGGCCUGGUCUUACUUGAUUGGGCCCUUUUGUUAAAAGAAUCAUGACAGUGAUCCUUAUAAAUCAGUAAACUCAAGAGAACUUCCCUUGUGUGAAUAAUAAGCACAGGAGUAAAGAGGAAGGGUUCUAACCACCACAUAGGCAGACUAGGAAAAUUUGCAGCUCAUACCAUUUACUGCAAAAAAGAUAAAAGAAUUGGGUGGGGAGACCAGAGGAAAUGAGUGUGAAAAUUCCAGAUGUCUUAAGCGUUCCAUCGUAGAGGUGGGCUCCAGAGAACACUUGGGGGAACUCAGAGUGUCCGCGUCACUUCUAAGAUGUGUUCGGUAGUCGGGAUGCUUUCAUACGCGUGGACAUCUACAGCACAGAAAAGCGGGGCCUCUCUUACGGAUCACAUUGGCUUCCAUACGAGUGCGGCUCAUCCUCCGAGCGGUGUGCCUUCAGCCAGGCUGGCAGGGCCGGCCCUUACGGAAAGCCUCCCGCAGUGUCCCACGUGUGAGAGAGGGCUCGCUUUCUAGGAAGGCUCGCCUUGUUGGGUGGCAGAGGCCGAGGAGAUAAAGCGCGCCUCCUCAGGACCAGGACGGGGAAGGAGAGGACGGCGGUUAUUUGAGCCUAUGGCUUCUUCAGGAUGUGUUUCCCGCCACUAGCAGAGGUUCUAUUUCUUUCGUGGUUUCUUGUGAGUUAUGGACAAAAAGCAUUGCAGCCACGGCUGGCCAGUCUUUUGGUGAGGACCUUCUCCAGACUUGACUAGCUUUUCUUUAGCUGGGAUCACAGUCUCCUGCUGGGCUUGCCCUCAAAGCCUAUUGGCCGCUUGGUCAAACAUGCCAAAUCCUGCACUCUGGUGAGCCACUCGCAUACCACCAAGAGUGGGGCUUCAUUGAAGGGGCAGAAAGGCAGAUAACUGUAAUCAAAAAGUAAAAUAAGAUAGAAACUGCCUUGUUCGCUAUAGGAGGGGGUGAUCUAGGAAAUUUAAGUGGGAGAAAUGACAUGGUUUCCUGAAGGAUGGGUAAACAUUGUAUAGGUUGUAUUCAUUCCCGGUGGAGGGGAAGGUGUGAGCAAAGAUAUGAAGGCAGGAAACAACAGAGUGUUUGGGGAAAACACCACGUUUUCCAGUCUGGCUAAUCCAUAGGGAUGAUUGUGGAAAGUAGUAGGUAAUUAAUAUUAGGUAAUGGUGAGAUAUUCAACCAAAGUGACUCCAUAAAUAUAGAAACUUUAACCAUUUUGAGAGCAAAUAUAUUUAUAAUUCUGUAUUGGAUCUUGAGUUUACCUCCAAAAUUCUCUGAGAAAAAAUGUAGAAUUGAAUCCUAAUGGGGAAAAAAGGUUCUUUUAGACUUGGAAACAAAUCCAAAAUAUUACUGAUAUUGAUCAUGAACCAAAAUCACAAAACUGAAAACCUAGAAGACCAUAGAAAUCACUAGUCCAUCCUCCCCAUCCCACAUUUUAAAAAUGAAAUGACAGCCUAAAGAGUCUGUGAUAUUAGCUAAAUCUAGCUAACUAGCUAGAUCAAUAACCUUUAAUCCCAGACCCUUCCAGUCACUCUUUUUCCUUUGAGUGAUAUUUUAGAUUGGCCCUCACUAAUUUUUUUGAAUUUCCAUUUCAGUAGUAGGAUUCAACCACAAGUUAAAAGAAAUGAAUUAUUCAUUAGUGACUGAAUGAGGAUUAAAUUUCAUCCCUAGAUUGUAGCCAUAAGCCAAACUGAUAUCCCUAGGUCAUUCUCUAAUAUUUGUGAGUAAUUCUGGCAAAGAAUGACAAACCAAUCUAAUGGUUUGAGUUUUUUUUUUUAAUAAAAUGACCUCAUUACAACUUAAACAGCAUAAUUAAUUUCCUGAUGAAGGAAAAGAAAUCAGUUUUUUUAAAAGGUCUCUAGGGCUCCUCCUAACAAAACUUCUAUUUGACCAUCUAAAUGGAAUCCUCUAAAGUUCAUCCCUUUCCAUUCCUAAGAGACCAAGUCACUUAUUAAUAGAAGCCUCCCCCUCCCCCCCCAAACACUAUUUCUGGUAAGAAUGAUGCAAGAAAUUAAGGAUACCGACAAGCCAAAGGAAUUCUACAUUCUAGUCAUAAAUGAAAUGUAAAAACAUCAACAGUAAGUUUUUGGCACGUGAUUUCCCUGGCAGGGAAAUAGACUGUCCAAUGACUCCUUUGGUAUGUACUUAGCAUUGAGACUCAAUAAAUGUUAGCAUUGAAUUGAAUGAUGGUGGUGAUCCCAACAACUAGGAAAUGCAUUUUGAACAAAGAGAAGUUCCUAAGUUCCAAAGCUGUAAGUAGCAAAUUUCAUGCACAGGGUAGCACCACCAAACACACCCCCAAAUCAACUCUGUAAUCCAUAAUGUGAAAAUAAUAAGAGGAACAAAUUUUAAAAAGCAAAUUAUAUUAAAUGGGAGGAGAGUUUAUCCCAAUGACUCAAAGAUGGAUGCAUUUGGCAGCUUUCUGCUUUAAUGAGUUAAUUUGUUAAUGAAGUGGUAACUUCAGUAUUUUUCUGAACUGCCAGAGAAGUGUAAACGUUAAACUUUAGUUCCCAUACACUUUGGAGCCAAGAUUGAACACUUAAAAUAGACAGGGGAGUUCUGUUCAGUAAGGGAAUCUGCACAAUCUGUUCAUGCAAAGACCUACAGUACCACUCAGAUUGGAAAAUAAGAACUUGAGAAGCCACUUCAGGAGAGAAAAAAGAAAGGGCAGAGGAAAUACCUGUGGAACAACUUCAGAUAGACAGGACACUAUUUAAGGACAUUCAGAAAGCGCCCUGAGUCUCUUGGUUUUGCAAAAGAUCCUUAGCCUCAGAGUCAUGAAAAUAAUAUUAGCAAAAGUCUUAAUGGUUGAGAUCUUUGGAGAUUUCUUGUGUAGGCUCUCCUAACUGAACUUGUUCUUGUUGUUUGUUUUGGUUUUUUGUUUUGGCCCCUUUCCCUACUCUACAGCAGUUCUAACCAAAUUCUUUUACUUGGUAAUGCCAGCAAUCGGUGUCAAAUUUCCUUCAAGAUCAUUGUUCUGCGGGGAUCUCGCUGUAUUGGGGCAGGCAUCUGGCUUAGCAGUGGUCCAUGCAGUAUUCCUUCUGAUCCUCCAGCUGUCCCAGGACUAGAUCCUCAGCUGGGACAGAAUUCUCAGAGAAAAGACUAGAAAGUCCCAGAAUAGGGCAUUCCUUCCAGCUGUGUGAGGUAGUAACAGAGAGCUGCCAGGAGCAGCCAGUGUGUGUGGCAGGACGCACAAUGUAGCCAUGGGCUUUAUACUUCCCGAGAAGAGCAUGUAACGGAAGAAGGUAGGUACAGCUUGCUUUUUCACCACUUUGGUAGUUCCUCUACUUGCCCCUCCUCUUCUCCCCCUUCAGUCACUGCCCUUCGAUCUCUUCUCCGGGUACACCUACUAUCUAGCCCGAUAUUGUUAAAUGUCCGGCCUCUCCGAAUACAAAGCUCUCUCCGUGCAUGCUAGUGAAAACCAGAAAGUUAACUAGUUAUAGUGAGUCGUGGAAUAUCAAAGACAAAUAUUUUCUCUCUCUGCUUUUUUUUCUGUUUUCUCUCGUUUUGUCUUUAACUCUUCCUUCCACAGACCACCCAGUAACAUUGGAGGUGCGAGAAGAGAUAUGGGCAAUGAAAAACAGGCCGGUCCAGUUGUAUUUUUAGAUCCCAUUUCCACAAGCAAACCCCAAACCAAAGACCAGGUGGCUGAAAACGAGUCAAGUCAACCCAAGGAGGAUGAAGAUGGAAACAAGCAAGAAUGCAAAGAAGACAGAGUUGAGAAAAUCAAAGAGACAGACAGUUCCAACUGCUAAUUUAUGAGCCAAAAGGCUGCCAUUUUUGGAAGUCCUUUUCAAUAAGCACAUGAUGAAAUUGGGUGUAUUGUCAAGGGCAAAGAAUCCUGUACUUAUACAUGUAUCCAAGAAUUUAGAUUCUAUCCUAACGCCCCAUUGUAUGUAGUUUAGCUAUACACAUUAGUAAGUUCUAGAGCAACACAGAUUUCAAGUCAGUUUGGGUUUUGGUCUUUCUGUGUUUCAUAGGGAUAAGGUUUUUCCUAGCUGUUUUUUUUGUUCAUUGUCAUUUCUUUCCAAGGGUUAAAAAAAAAUCCAUUUUUAAAUGAUGUGCUAACCAUGCAUCCUAUCUAGUAAGAAAGAAAAUGAUGGCACUUACUGAAUAGAUUGCCCACAUGAAUUAACUUUUGAUAUAUCACGCAUUGUAAAUGUUUUAUAUUUAUGUCCAUACUGUACUCCAACACAGCCCUGACGUCUAGCAGUUUGGGGCAACUUGACAAGCCCCAAAGACGUCUCUUUCUGUUCGUACCUAACCGUCUUCCGGGGGAAUGACGUAACAGCAGCGAUGAAAUCACGACGGACACAAGCUCACUUUUGAGCUUUGCUGGAGCAGAAUUUCCAUCUUGACCUCCUGACAUCUAACUGAUGCUCCCUCAGCCAAAAUGAACCCCAACAGAGUUAUGGUUAGAGUGUGAGAACAGAAAAUUCCAGCACUUGAAACAUGCUAAGAUUUCCCGUGAGAAGUUCUUCCGUGGGAAUACACUCUCGCAUGGGGCAUGAUGGCUGGAGCCGGGCAGGAUCCAAACCUUGGAGUUCCAUGCGGUGUGGACAUUCUAAGCCAUAUACCGUGGUGAUAUGUGUAUGAUCAUGUACUGAUGUAACGGAAGUACCAUACUUUAUCACAGCUCUUAUUUACAGUGAAACUGAGUGACAGGUACAUAAUUUUCCUGCCUCACUGCUAGUCUAUAUUACACAGGAGUUUUUUUUUUAAGGAACUUAAGUGGUAGGUAUUCUCUAAAAAUACAAUAUUUCAGGCCGCAGCAGUGAACAAACAGAAAUGUAAUCAGGGAUUUUUUUUUAACUUGUGCAGCUUUUCAAACGUGAUUGUUUCAAAAUUGGUGUUUAUUUAAAAUAAGUGGUAAUGUCUUUGAAUGCACUGUAAGGUUUUUUUAUGACAAUGAUUCAGUAAUGGUAAUUUAACUCUUCCAGCAAACGAAUGGUUUGGUUUGGUUAGUUUUGCUCUGCAUGCAGCUGUCAGGUGUUCCUCUCACCUAAGGGCAAAAGAAAAUGAUAAGUACUAAUUGCAGUAGUUGUAUUUUAUUUUACUUUUGCACGUGUGCUACUAAUAAGCAGGGAUUGGCUGAGCUGGAUAGACAAUUUCCUAAACUUGAGGAGAGUUGUCUUUCUGUGAUCUGAUUGUACAUGUACAUUUCCAUGUUUUUCUAGUAAUAAAUUUUAAACUUAGGUAUGUUUCCUUACAGAGAAUUAAAAAGGUGACACUUUACACCUGUGACUCACCCCAUGGGGACUACCAACUGUUUUAAAAAGAUUCUGAAUCUGUACUUCCCUAACCUUUUUCUGCUCUGCUCUGACAAGCUAUAUGGCACCUCAUCUCAACUUAUUAAAAAGUAUCAACAGUU